GCAGACGUACUUUGGCCGCUGGACCUUUUUUUUUUUUUUUUCUUCAAAUUGUGUAACGUAUGUUACAGGUCUAAGCUCAGCUAAAAGCAUUGGAUACAAGCUGGGCUUGUAUAAAGGGCAUCUGGCAAGUACAUUGUACAAGUACGAUGUAAUUAAGCAAAGUCAAUGUGCACUCUAACAAGAAACCACAUUAAAAUGGAGCUUGGCCUACUUAAUCCUGUCCGGAGGUAAAAAUGUUCAAGCAUGCAGAAACAAUGGGCUUCUUUUUCUGCUGGAGGCUUCUUGUUAUUAGGAUUGCGUUCAUGGUCUGUAUUCUCACACAUUUCUUAUCCUAUUUGACACUGUGGGCUCCAGAGCCAAGUGUGGAGUGGCCUUUCGAGUGAGGCGAAACACGUGCAGCCAUAACGUCCCAUCGCUUUUCUUUGACAUCAAUUUUGCAUGAGUAGAUGGCUGAACUGCCUCCCCCUCUGUAUGGAGGAAUAAACACGAGUUUCCACAUUCAUAUUUGAUUUUGCUUGGCGAUUUGGAAAUGAAAUAAUUAGACCAGAAACGAUGGACUGCUCGGCUAUAGAUAAAUAACCUCUGGAUGCGUACUGACACUUGGAGAAACACGUUACACUGAGUUAAUUGGACAGUUCUGCCCUCGUGCUAGCUUCCUUUCGGAACGCAACAACAUUUCCUUCUGCUUCCUUCCCUUGUCUCCAGUCUUUUAGGAUGCUCAGAAUUUUGGGCAAUUCAGUUUGGAUUUAAACGGACUCCUAAAUAUCAGACGUUUGCUCCAUUGGACAUGAUGUACUGGCGGAACUGGUUCGCAACGAUUUAUCACCAUAAUAUAAAAACAGGCCAAGGUGGAAGGUAUCGGUCUUGUUUUUCUUUUAAAAUAAACAUUUUUUGAAUGAAUAGUUUUGUUUGCAGCAGAAAUAGCUGCUAAUCCGAAACCUCGGGGGGAAAGCCGCGUGGGCCGCUCUUCUUUGGAAAGGGUCGUGUCUCUUUAAAUAUGCUCCCAGGAAUACUUUGAACAUGCAUAUGGCUAUAAAAAAGAGAUGAAGCUUCAAGUCGUCCACACAAACAGGCAUUUUGAAUUAUACAGCAGCAGCUUCCUGUAUUUUACACUUGCAGAGGGAGGGAAGCUCAGCUGAGUCCAGACGACGGAUGGAGGAGCAACAACAAGUUUCCAGCAUCUCGGCUUUAAUUUGAUUUUUUUUUUCACUUCUUCCCUCCGGUGUUGCAUCUAUUGUUUCUCCUAAGUAAGAAUGCUAUUUUACAUUGCGUGUAUGCUGUGGACGUCUUCUGUCAUAUUUCUGCAGUGCAGGUCUGUGAUCUGUAAGGAGAUGAAGCUCCCCAGCCGGGCAGCCAAGCCCCCCUCUCCAUCCGACUUCCUGGACAAACUGAUGGGACGCACAUCUGGCUACGACGCUCGCAUCCGACCCAACUUCAAAGGUCCUCCAGUCAAUGUCACCUGUAACAUCUUCAUCAACAGCUUCGGGUCCAUCACUGAAACUACUAUGGACUACCGGCUCAAUGUGUUCCUGAGGCAGCAGUGGAAUGACCCUCGACUGGCAUAUAAAGAGUAUCCGGAUGACUCUCUGGACCUGGACCCGUCCAUGCUGGACUCCAUCUGGAAACCGGACCUGUUCUUCGCAAAUGAAAAGGGAGCAAACUUUCACGAGGUCACAACAGACAACAAACUGCUUCGCAUAUUCCAAAAUGGAAAUGUCCUCUACAGCAUCAGGCUGACACUCACCCUUUCCUGUCCGAUGGAUCUGAAAAACUUCCCCAUGGACAGCCAGAAGUGUACGAUGCAGCUCGAAAGCUUUGGCUACACCAUGAAUGAUCUCAUUUUUGAAUGGCUGGAUGUGGGAGCGGUGCAGGUGGCUGAUGAUCUGACGCUUCCUCAGUUCGUGCUGAAAGAGGAGAAAGGCCUUGGCUACUGCACCAAGCACUACAACACAGGUAAAUUCACCUGCAUUGAGGUCAAAUUCUACCUGGAGCGUCAAAUGGGCUACUACCUGAUCCAGAUGUACAUACCGAGCCUGCUCACCGUCAUCCUGUCCUGGGUGUCGUUCUGGAUCAACAUGGAUGCGGCUCCGGCCCGAGUGGGACUGGGGAUCACCACGGUGCUCACCAUGACGACACAGAGCUCCGGCUCCAGGGCCUCCCUGCCCAAGGUGUCCUACGUGAAAGCCAUAGACAUCUGGAUGGCCGUGUGUCUCCUCUUCGUGUUUGCGGCACUGCUGGAGUAUGCCGCCGUUAAUUUUGUCUCCCGGCAGCACAAGGAGUUCUUCAGACUGAGGAAGAAGCUCAAAGAGCAACAGCGGCAGAGAACUCAGGCGGUUGCCGACACUAAGGCGAAAGGAAAAAACAUGCCAGGAAACAACGCUCCUCAUGGCAACGUAGCGCAUCAGUGCACUGCGUGUGCCCGGGAGGAGGAGCUGGUGCAGCAGGGUUUACUCUUCCAGAGUUUUGCACUGGCAGCCGAAAUUGCACCGGAGAUGGAUGCAACACCGGUCUUUGCCGAUUUACCUCCUGGUUUAGGCUACUAUGACAUUCGCAGGCGCUUUGUGGAUCGGGCCAAAAGGAUUGAUACCAUUGCCCGAGCGGUUUUCCCCAUGAGUUUCCUCAUGUUUAAUGUCCUCUACUGGCUUACCUACAAAGUUCUACGACACGAAGACCUUCUAGCCAAGCUGUGACCGUACGACUGAGGACUUUAAAGACACUGGAUACCUUUUUAAUUGUUCCUUCUUCAUUGAAACAUUUAAAGGCUGAGAGUACUCGGCUGUGCUAUGAGAGAGGCGCUGUGACUGCAUGUCCGGUGCCAUUGGGGCAUUCCAUGACAUGGAAGAGUCCAUCUGUUUCUUUAAAUUUUUUAAUACUUCCAAAGAAAUACACUUCUUCUCAGUAAGGAUGCGUCAUGCACCUCACCUCAUUGUACAGGACGUGUGCCGUCCGGAUCCGCUCGCACUUUUUUGUAUGUGCAGUUUCUGUAGUUUCAAUCCUCACCACACCUAAAACUUUACAUUUUUUUUUAUUUUACCGAAGCAUUAUUGUUUUUAAACGAUGCUUCGUAGAGAGCAUUGGCUCAAUCAGGAUUUACACCUUGCAACAGUAGGAACAUCCUCUUUCUCUCUGAUUCUUAACAGUCAAAAACAUUUUUUUUGUUUAUCAGGUGGCUGCAUAAAUCAGAGCUUGAAUGCAAUUUAAUUUUUUCACUUAACAAUUCAUAUUGUUAUAUAUUUCAUAUCUAUAAUGAAUACUGAAAAAAAAUGUUUUCAAAUUUUUAGAUGUUUCAAUUUUAUAUUUACUACCUCAAGUAAGUCACCAUAGAUAUUUAGAUGUGAUUAUUGUUCUAAUAUAUGUAAUGUAAUGACAUGGAACACACGCUGAAGGUACUACACAUUUCAACUAAAUUUAUCUAAAAUAUCUGUUGACAUCUUUUAGUUUCAAACCGCGGUAACAUUAGAACACUCUGGGGACUGCACCAUGGGUGUGAAAUUGAUGUUUAACGAGUCCCAACUAAGUUAUCUACAAUAUGUUGUCUCUGUAUCUUUUUUAUUUCCUAAUUUACAAACAAGUGUGUAUGCAAAAUUAAAAUUAAGUAAUACUGUAAUUUGAAAUAAAG